CUUUCUUUUUCAUUUUCGUGUUCCUGUGUCAUUGCGCUGACCUUCGCACGUUUUUCGGCUAUUAAAUCUCCGUCAAAAGGGUGACCGUUCUUAUUUCGUGGUUGUUCGCAUCGUUUUGACAACUCUUCUCUACUGUGAAAAAUACUUUCUAAAAAAAUUAAAUCAGAAUGUCAGACAGGAAAUUUUUCGUUGGAGGUAACUGGAAAAUGAAUGGAAAUAAAUCUUCUAUAGAUGGUAUUAUAAAAUUUCUGACUGAUGGCCCUUUAGAUCCAAAUACUGAAGUAGUCGUGGGAUGUCCAACUAUUUAUAUUGAUUAUGUAGUAUCUAAAGUUCCUAAAACGAUUGGAGUAGCAGCUCAGAAUUGUUAUAAAGUUGCUAGUGGUGCUUUUACAGGAGAAAUUAGCCCUGCUAUGAUCAAAGAUGUUGGUGCCGAAUGGGUCAUUUUAGGUCAUUCUGAGAGACGAAAUGUCUUUGGAGAAACUGAUGCUUUAAUAGCAGACAAAGUGGCUCAUGCAUUAUCUGAAGGUAUAAAAGUUAUUGCUUGUGUUGGAGAACUUCUAGAAGAACGAGAAUCUGGUAAAACUCAAGAAGUAGUAUUUCGCCAAACGAAAGCAAUUGCAGAUAAAGUGUCUGAUUGGAAAAAAGUAGUAAUCGCUUAUGAACCAGUAUGGGCUAUAGGAACAGGAAAAACAGCUAGUCCUGAACAAGCCCAAGAAGUUCAUGAACAACUGAGAAAGUGGCUGAAGGAAAAUGUGUCUGCUGAUGUUGCAGCUACUACUAGAAUUAUUUAUGGAGGUUCUGUUACAGCUGGCAGUUGUAAAGAAUUAGCAAAAAAGCCUGAUGUUGAUGGAUUUCUUGUUGGUGGUGCUUCUUUGAAACCAGACUUCGUUCAGAUUAUUAAUGCCAAACAAUAAAAUUGUGCAUUCCCAUUCUGACUUCAACCUUCCUUUCUGUGCCCUGUAUUUCCAAAAAUAUGAAACCUCAUAUUCCAAAGACUUGUUUUUAAAUUAUUCUGUAUAAAAAUUGUAUAAAUUUUUUUUGAAGAACCCAAUUAAAAAUAUUUUCUUUGCCAUUGC